AUGCAGGAGCAAUUUGAGCCACUGAAGAACGAUUUGCUGCUGAGGGCUGCUCGGGGCGAGAAGGUGGAGCGUCCUCCCAUUUGGGUCAUGCGACAGGCUGGUCGCUAUCUCCCCGAGUACCAUGAAGCAAAGGGAGGACGUGACUUCUUCGAAUGCUGCCGCACACCCGAAAUCGCCUCGACCCUGACUCUCCAGCCUAUCGAACGUUAUGAAGGCCUCAUCGAUGCCGCUAUCAUCUUCUCCGAUAUCCUGGUUAUUCCCCAGGCUAUGGGUAUGGCCGUAGAGAUGGUGGAUAAGAAGGGACCUCAUUUCCCCGAACCCCUCCAGUCGCCCGACGACGGACAAUACGCCAAGGUGAUGGAGAAGGAAGUGGAUGUGAAGACAGAGCUGGAUUACGUCUACAAGGCAAUUUCCCUCACACGCUUCAAGCUGAAAGGCCGCGUGCCUCUCAUUGGCUUUUGUGGCGCGCCGUGGACACUGCUGUGCUACAUGGUCGAAGGCGGUGGUAGCAAGCUCUUCGUGCAGUCUAAGAAGUGGGUGUACAAGUACCCGAAGGAGGCACAGGCUCUGCUUCAGAAGAUCGCUGAGAUCUGCGUGGAAUACCUCGCCCUCCAGGUCGCCGCCGGUGCGCAGUUAGUGCAGGUCUUUGACUCAUGGGCUGGCGAGCUGUCUCCCACUUCGUUUGCUUCCUUCUCGCUUCCCUACCUGCGUCACAUUUCCGCCAAUCUGCCCAAGCGCCUGCAGGAGAUGGGCUUGGAGCCUGUUCCUAUGACUGUCUUCGCCAAGGGCGCUUGGUACGCUCUGGACGACCUUUGCAAUUCGGGCUACAAUGUCGUUGGUCUGGACUGGCUGCACGAUGCUGGUGAGGCUAUGCGCAUUGCCAAUGGCCGUGUCACCAUCCAGGGUAAUGCGGACCCCGGCAUGCUGUACGGUGGCCCCCCUGCUAUUACCGAGACUGUCGAGCAUAUGGUGAAGGGAUUCAAGAAGGACAAGCAGGGGUGGAUCUGUAACCUGGGUCACGGUGUCACGCCAUUUGUUGACCCCGAGCACCUCAAGUUCUUCUUUGAGGAGAUCCACCGAUUGACCGUAUAG